AUGCACGCAUCGUACAACGACUACAUUGUAGACUACGAUGUUGCUGUUGUUCAGGUGUCCGGAUCUCUGCUGGGUUCGAACGCACAGGCAGUGGGCCUCGCCAGUGACAACUACGACCCACCAGGUGGUCUCGCCGUGACGGUGACUGGCUGGGGAGCCACGUACACAGACGGACCGUCCGCCAACAGUCUGCUCAAGGUGGUCAUCAGCAUCUUGGACCGCAACACGUGCAGAAACACCUUCGCCAACAUCAACACUGUGACCGACCGCAUGGUGUGCGCCGGCCAGGCCGGAAAGAGCGUCUGCAGCGGAGACUCUGGUGGUCCGCUGGUCAGCGGAAGCACCCAGGUGGGCAUCGUCUCCUGGGGCAGCACAGUGUGCGAGGCCACUCCCGGUGUCUUCGCCAACGUCGGCAACCUGCGUUCCUGGAUCCGAUCUGCAUCUGGCGUGUAA